AUGUCAGAGAACUUGGCCAACCGACGGAAGGUUAAUCCCGGUAGGCUCAAACUACGCCGCUUAACUCAGGCGUACCUCACACCAUUUCAACAUCCGAAAGCCGAAGUAAACACUACUGACUCAAAGAUCGACCACAUUUAUAGCAUCACUCAAGAAUUGAUUCUUGAAUAUCAAAGCGUAACCACGGGUUUGUUUCCGAGAUACUCAAGAGAUCGUGACAUCGGCUAUGUAAAGGACAGUAUUUACUGUGCAAUCGCAAGUUGGGCUUGUUCGCUUGCCUACAAAAGACUGGACGAUGAACGUGGACGUCAAACGGAACUUCGACAGUCCGCGGUGAAAACCAUGCGUGGAAUCCUAUUCUGUUGGAUGCAGCAGAGCGAAAGCCUGAACGCUUUUAAAUCCAACAAUUCUGCGGAACACGCACUUCGUGCUAGGUUUGACCUCCAUACUGGAAUGUGUCUUAAUCGUCCUAACGAAAACACGUACGGCCACAUGCAGAUGGAUCUAGUGGCACUUUAUUUGCUAGUCCUUGUUGAAAUGAUUGCAAGUGGUGCAAAGAUUAUCUACACUCACCACGAGGUCAACUUUGUGCAGAACCUAGUCUUCUAUAUCGAGCGAACUUACCGUACGCCUGACUUUGGUAUGUGGGAAAGAGGUACCCGUUACAACAAUGGAAAACCUGAACUUCAUGCAAGCAGUCUGGGUAUGGUAAAGGCUGCUCUCGAAUCUAUCAAUGGUUUUAAUCUCUACGGGACAUCUGGUCACAGUGCUUCUGUGAUUUAUGUGGACAUUGAUGGUCAUAAUAGAAAUCGAACAACAUUCGAAACAAUUUUGCCACGGGAGAGCAAUUCAAAGAAUACGGAUGCUGCUCUUCUCAUGACCGUUGGAUGGCCUGCUUUUGCUUCCCAUAACGAACAGAUUAUCGAGAAAACUGUGCAGAAGUGCAAUACGGAUGCUGCUCUUCUCAUGACCGUUGGAUGGCCUGCUUUUGCUUCCCAUAACGAACAGAUUAUCGAGAAAACUGUGCAGAAGUGCGUGCGUCGGCUAGAGGGAAGAUUCGGCGUUCGAAGGUUUCUUCGAGAUGGGUAUCAUUGCGAGCUUGAAGAUAAUACACGACAGUACUACGAGGAGCACGAAACGUCCCAUUUCCAUGGUGUUGAGAGUCAAUUCCCAAUGUUCUUCGCUUAUAUGAGUCUAACAGGUUUCUACGUCUACGCAAAAGCUUUACUUGCAGCAUUCUUCCGUGGAGAUCAAGAACAUGCCGAUAAAUACUUCGAUAAACUACAAAGUCUACUCGUCAACGAUGAUGACGUAACCGGUGGAAUGGUAGUUCCUGAAUGCUAUUGUGUGGACGAAUGCUACAUGGAUCGCGAGCGUGCCAUGCCAAACUCGACUGAUCUUUAUCCGGUCAACCCUCGGGAGUUCGGACAUCACUUGUGGAGCAAUGCCGUCUAUAUUAUACUGCUGCUUGUCCGCCAAGGCUUGAUCCAUAAAUCAGACCUAGAUCCUAUCAAUCGCCAUUUGCCCGCUUCACAGCGUCCAGUGCAGUUCAAGCGACAUUCGGAUUUCCAAGGAGGCAUGGAAGGCGACCCUGUUGUUCAAAUAGCUUUAUUAGCAGAGUCCACCCAUCUUCAAAUGACGCUCUCUACAUAUGGUAUUAGUUGCCAAACACCGCAUGAAGUGGAACCUAUUCAGAUUUGGCCUAGUUGGAGAAUGGUCAAGCUAUUCGAGUGCCUCGGCAGAGAUGAAAAGUUAGGACUCAGCGGAAGACCACCUCGACCAUUCGGACCUUUGAGCACAUCCAAGGUGUUUCGAGUUUUCGGAGACACAGUGUUGUGCUAUCCACUUCUUUUUGAGGUUAAGGAUUUCUACGUGAACUCCGAUCCAGCCAUUUUAAUAGACGAUAUCAAGCGCGACAUCGAAUUUGUUGCCAAGCGAUGGAAGUUGACUGGGCGACCAACCAUGUGCCUGCUACUACGUGAGGAAAACAUUGUGGGAGAGUAUUUUGAACACAUUUUGGAUCUUCUUGUGCAGCUGAAAACUGGCCAU